GAUGCAAGCGUGUUGAUGAAGCUAGGUCUGAUGCUGAGGUAUCUUCACUUGGUAUGGCUCGACGUCCUCACGCCGCGGUUGCGGGAACCAGUCCUAUUAGUCACGGCGACCCUGAACUUCCCGUUGCUGCUACUGCGAGCCUUGUCGGCCCGCGUCUUGCCGGCGCAGCUGUAUGAACAGGUCAUUUCCCCUCUGGUAGUGUACUGGUGUCGUACGACCGUGUACCUGGGCAUCAUCCUGGCAGGCCCGAACACGGCGCCCUCGAUGGUGGCCCAGGCCUACCUACAGCAGUCACAGGCGGUGGUGGCCUACCACAUCAUCAUGUUCGCAAGCCUGCUGGGAGCAUGGGACGUGGACGCGCGCGUGGAGCUGGCUGCGGUCCUGCUCGAGGCAGCGUGCGCGCUCACCUGCCUGUCCUGGCACGGCGCCAAGGUGCCGGGCGGGUCGCCGCACCCGGCCGCGCUGCUGGCGGGGCGCGCGCUGGUGCCGGUGGUGAACCUCAGCCUGGCGUACGCGGCGGGAAGGUGGAGGCCGGGCGGACUGGGCACAGGCAGGCGAGGCGGCGGAAGCGCACUCGCCCUGGACAAGUGCAUCAGCAUGCGCGCCAGUGGCGCUGCGGGUGGCAGUAGCAGCAAGGGCAAGGGCAAGGGGGAGGACAUGGGAGCGGGCCCCAUGGAGGAAUGCGCAGACUACAGCGAUAUGAGCCUGGGCCUGAGCCUGAUGCCGCCAGCGGAGCAGGCUGUCAGGCAGGGCGCCGAGCCGUCUGGCAGCGGCGGCGGUGGCAGCAGCAGCAGCUGCACAGAGCCGCAGCCACUGCCGGCACUGCCGCUGCCGGCGCCGAUGCCGGAGCGCAGCAGCGGUACCGUCACGGUGGCCGUGCCGCAGGCCGCUGGUCACCAGCAGUCGCAGCCCUCGGCGCCUGCCGGCUCAUCGGUGCUGCGGCCGCAUAAGCCGUACCGCUCCUACCUCCGGGGCAGGACCAAGCACUACUUCAAGAUCCCCUGGGCCGAGCCGGAGGACAUCACGCCGGGCUUCGAGGAGCGGCUGGCGGCGCUGUGUGCGGCACGCGGCCGGGUGCUGACGGGCGUGUACGUGCGCGCAGGAUGCAUCGAGCUUAUCAUGCACCUUGCUGAGUACGCCGCCGGAGCCACUAGGGCCGGCGUGCAUGCUGGCCCUGCAGCAGCAGCCGGCGCGCUCUCGCACUCAGGCCCGGCGGUCCUGAGCGUUGAGGAGGUGCUCGCCGCCCUGGGCCUGAGCCUGCCUAGCGGGCCCGCCAAUGCAGCCCUGCAGGCGGUGUCGGUGCAGCAGGAGCUUGUGGACAGGGCGGCAAGCGAGCCCGAGGCCAGCGGUGAUGGCUCCCGCAGCCGUGUGGUGGGCGUGUCGCCACGUGUGCUGCUGCUGACGCCUGCGGACGCGGCUGCCAGCUCGGCUGCGGUCCUGCGCGUGCGUGUGGCUUUCGGUGGCAGCACUGGACCGGCCACAGCAUCCAACGUGGCGAUGCUGGGUGCUGCGGGUGUCCUGGCCACACGGGUCACAGCCAAGGAGCUGCAGGCUGCGUCAAAGGAGGGCGCUGAUGCCGGGUCUGAGGAGUGGGAGUAUGCCAUUGAGCUCCUGGAGGCGCCGCCGCACCCACAGCUGCUGACGGUGCAGCUCGCGUUCCCAGCAGCAGCGGCGGGGGCUGCGGCCGAGGACAGCGCUGCCGCAGCCACUCCCAGCCCGUACGUGCAGUGGCUGUCGGUGCCGGUGCUCGCGGUGGACGACGCCGCGGUAGCCGCCGAGCUGAGCGCAGCACUGCAGCUGCUGCAGAUCUCUGAGGCAGGCGCGGAGGAGGGCGCGGCGGCGGAGUGGGCCCAUCCGCUGCUGUGCGACCUGGGUCUGUGGCUGGCGUCCGCCGCAGCCUCGGGCGCUGCCGGUUUCUCCGAGGCCGUGCGCCGCCUGCCUGCAGAGUGGGUGUCGGAGCUGGGCGCGUGCCUGCUUGCGUACACGGAGGGCGCGGGUCUGGUGGCCACCGCCGCCCGCAUCCGCGCAGACACACAGCGGCUUGUGACCGGCGCCGCGGGUACUGUGCCUUACAUCCACCAGCAGCAGCAGCAGCAGCAGCAGCAGCAGCAGCAGGAGGAGGGCGAGGCAGCUGCAGUGGGACUGCACCGCCGCGGCCCGCUCUCCAACGCCGCAGGUGGCAGCGGCAAGGGCACCGGCUGCAGCGAUGACGCACCAGGCCACCACGGCGAUGGCACUGACGCCAAAAGCGGAGCGGGUGGCUUACAGGACUACCUUGACUCGUGGAUUGUGACCACCUGCACAACCGGGCAACUCACGGAGUGCCUUAUGUUUAUCACCUUCACCCUGCGCGGCCUGAAGGCGGGGCAGCUGCUGUGGAGCGCCGAGGCCGCGGUGGUCUACACAGCGCUGGGCAUGGGCACGCUGGUUAUGCUGGCCGGCCUGUGGAUGCCGGCACGGCAGCGGUCGCGCCUGACUCUUGCGGCGAGGAUUCCGCGCUUUGCGGCCGCCCUGGCGUCCAAGGUGCUCGUAUCGGCGGGCGUGCUGCCGCCGCCUGUGAGGAGCGUUGACUACAUGGGCGGAGUGGGGGUGCUGCUGAUUGAGGGGUUGGUGCUGUCCGGCGGCUGCCUGCUGCCGCCGCGCACACAGCUGCUGCUGUGCUGCCUGAAACUGCCGCUGAACGCCAUCGGGGCCUUCAGAGCGGGUGCGUUCCCGACCUUACUGUCGGCGGCUCUUCAAGCGCUGGCGGUGGAGGCGCUGGCGAUGGGCACGACCCUGGCCUUCCAUUCCUACCUCAGGCGCCAGUAUCGUGUGCACCUGCAGCGGCAGGCCGCUGCACCUGCGUGAUCAGGACAGGCAUCAGACCGGGUGGGCGGUCGAUGUGUGUUUGUACAACGAUUUGAGAGUUACACAUGACGAGGAUGGGCGUCUUGCACAGCCAACGUGUGUCCUUGCAGGCCCGGCCCAGACAAGAGGAAAUAUGUGUGGGCGGGCUCGGGGGUUCUCACAUGCCCGCAAUGGCAGACGGUAAAAAUUAACGGUCCAGGCAACAACACGAGGUGCAUAUUCGCCAUGCCACGUGAAGCAGAUUCAUGUACGUCCUGCUGCACUUCAUGCCCCCACAUGCAUGGGCCGUCACUGAAGCAUUCUGGCACGCGCAUGACUAUUGCGUGCACUGAAUCAAUUAAGCUAUCGGUUUGCCAUAUUAUGCAAGGUUACCUUGCCUGUAGUCAGUGUCAUUAGGGAGUGUGGAUUCCCCAAGGUGAUGCAAAGGCCGCGGACAUGUACGGAGAAUCGUGUGCAUAGAGAAACGUUUGAUGCAACAGGCCAGGAAGGGUAGUUGUUUGCAGCAUAUGCCAUCAAUUUGAUGCCGUCGUCCGUUUCCAGUGAAGAAGGCUGGUCUUGACACACAUCAAGCUAUAGGGGACUGAUUCGCAGGAGGUGAUCAGGGAGGCGUUUGGGGAACAGGGUGGAGGCCGGGCGCAAGCGCUUGAGGACGUGGCAAGGAGUUGCUUGUUGGUGGCGUCACGGACCGCCGUGUGCAUUUCAAGUUUUGUUAGGUUGGCCUGGACCAGGACACGGGUCAGUGCUAAGUUGAGUUGGGGAAACUGAGUCCGGCACACUGGGGGCGCCAUUGCAGCAUGAUAGACUCUGUCAUAGAUAGUUCGUGCCUUGACGUUGCGUGCACUCGCCCAUCAGAUCACUCCUUCAUAUGCAGGGUGCGCGGCACGCACUGGCCCAGUGGCACGAAGUGGCCCUAUGGAGUGACGCAUUUCAUCAAGGAGAUCUGAGAAGAUGAAGGGGCAGCAGCACUUGGUUGAGCAACUGUAUGAGCAACUGCUGUGUGGGACUGUGGACGGCACGGAACUGGGUAGAGUGUGACAGCUUUGGGCGGCGCAGUAGUAGGGUCCGGCGUUGGGGCCGCGGGGUCUGGUGCCCCUCCGGCCGGGAGCCACCCACGCCGCGUGCGGGCCCCAAGAAACGGCUGGGGCGCCUGCGGGGGUGGUUAAUGGACACGCGCUGGGGCGCCUCCUUGAGCUGUGACCUGCCGUUGGUGCGCUGUCCUGGGUGGCCGUCUGUUCUAGGUGCAAUCCCGUGACAAAUCGCCGUA